CUCUCAUCCAGUGCGGGCUGUAUUAUAUACAGUAUUCUUUUAAAGUGCCGAAUGGUGCAGGUUAGUAAGCACAGGCCUUACUGUAACACACCCGCGUUUAUAACAGCUCUUUAAUAUUAAUAUAUACGCAUGUCUUCGAGUGGACAAAGCCCGAAUAUGUGACAUGUAGCUUAUAUCUUUACCGCGGCCAGGUUAAUGCGCUUAGCCACGAUGCUAACGCCAUGAUGCUAACAUUAGCCGAGAGUGACAUCAACACUGCGUUGUUAUUGUCCUCUUUAAGUCUCCCUGUGAGGCGAGUAGCUUAAUCGUCAUUUGUUGCCGAAGUGCGUGUCGUCCACGGUGCACAAACAUGAAGGUGGAGUCUGUCAAGACGCCGCUGGAAGACACCGCAAAAUCGGACGACAACGUUGUCACGGUGAAACGUGAAAAUGACGUGCUGCAGUCUUUCAAUGAGGAAGAUGGAGACUCCGGGGAAUAUUGUACCAAUGGAGACGAGCUCGACAUCCGAAUCAAAGAGGAACCCCAUUCCCUGGAGAUCACCGAGGUUCAUUGUGGUGGAACAUUAAGCCGUAUCGGUUCUCAGCCUGAUGGAGGUGACGAUGUAACAUCUUCUCCUCACCACCACGGAAAGGACCUUUUAAAAGUGGAACCAGACCCCCAGCAAGGAUGUGAGUUUGGUGAAGAAUACAAUGUAGCUGUUAAGGAGGAGAGUUUAAUAAAAGAAGAAGAGUCUCGUGAUGAAGACAACAUGGAAGAAGAGGAGGAGGAGGAGGAGGAUGGAGAGGAGGCCUGCACAGAGUCGUCUGAGUUUUUCCCCUGUCCUCACUGUGACGUCUCUUUCACCGACCUGGACUUCCUGGAGAAACAUGUCAAGUGGGUCCACCAGAAAGAGUACCUUGCCGAGCUCAAGAAAUGCCUCUCCAGCCACACCCAAAAAAGCCUCAUCCCCAAACACACCUGCACCGUCUGCGGCAGCACCUUCACUUCCAAAGUCUACCUUCGGGUCCACGUCAGAGAGAGCCACCCGUCCGCUCCGACCCGCCGGCUCCACCCGUGCCCGACGUGCGUGCGCAGCUUCCAGUACUUGAAGAAUCUGAAGAACCACUGCCAACGCUGGCACAGCAUGUCGGUUGUCAUUAAAGGGGGGCACCUGUGCUGCGUCAACUGCGGGAAGAGUUUUAAAACCACUUGGGGGCAGGGGCCUCACUUGUGUCACCAGCCGCACACAGAAUCCGAGGAAAAGCCCAUCUGUCUGGAUCUGGGGUUGAAGUGUUCCGAGUGUGGGAAGAAGCUGAGCACGCCUCAGAGUCUGGAAGACCACAUGCGCAUUCACACGGGCGACCGUCCGUUUGUCUGCAAGGACUGCGGAAGGCGUUUUGUGGAGCGCAGCAGUUGGCGGCAGCACCAGAGGAUCCACACGGGGGAGAAACCGCACAAGUGUCAAGUGUGCGGGAAGGCCUUUCAGAGGGGACACCAGCUCAAGUGCCACCUCACCACGCACUCGGCGAAAAAGGAGUACUCCUGCUCGCAGUGCGGGAAGGAAUUCGGAUUAAAAGCGAGCCUCAACCUCCACUUGCGGACGCACUCCAACGAGAAGCCGUUUCAGUGUCCCGUGUGCGGGAAGAGCUUCAACACCCGCAAGAACCUGCGCGUGCACAGCAAGCUGCACAACAGCGAGAAAUCUCACCAGUGCGGCGACUGCGGCUUGAAAAUCAGCGACCUUGGCGCUCUGAAGAUACACUUGAGGACACACACGGGCGAGAGACCCUACCACUGCACCGUCUGCGGGAACAAGUUCAUCCGUCUGGCGCAUCUGCGGAAUCACCAACGCACACAUACCGGUGAGAGGCCCUACAAGUGCAAUGAGUGCGACAAGAGCUUCACGCAGUCCGGCGACCUCGUGAAGCACAAGAGGAUACAUUCCGGGGAGAAGCCCUUUGAAUGUCCUGACUGCCAUCGUCGUUACACGUCCUCUGGCGACCUCGGCAAGCACCGACGGACGCAUACUAACCUACGUCCGUACAUAUGUCAGGAAUGUGACAAAAGCUUCCGUUUAUCCGGCCAUUUGAAAACCCACAUGCGCACUCACACCGGAGAGAAGCCGUACUCCUGCCCCAACUGUCUCCGCAGGUUUGCUCGCUCCCAUCACCUCUCUGGACACAUCGCUAAGUGUCGCUAAAGGCGAUAGUAGCAACAGAGCUAACUUCUAGAUUUAGCUUUUAAUAUAAAACAGUGGAACCACUAAGGUCCAACACAUUCAUUCAUUUUCUACCGUUUAUCCUCAUGAGGGUCGCGGGGGGGGGGGGUGCUGGAGCCUAUCCCAGCUGUCUUUGGGCGAGAGGCGGGGUACACCCUGGACUGGUCGCCAGCCAAUCACAGGGCACAUAUAGACAAACAACCAUUCACACUCACAUUCAUACCUAUGGACAAUUUGGAGUCGCCAAUUAACCUAGCAUGUUUUUGGAAUGUGGGAGGAAACCGGAGUACCCGGAGAAAACACAGAUAUGGGAGAAGUUGACAACAGAAACAACCGCUUAUCCUCAUUACUUUUCCGGGGUAUGCAGGAGCCUAUCCCAGCUAUCUUCGGGCGGGAGGCAGGGUACACCCUGGACUGGUCGCCAGUCAGUCGCCUCCGCAGGUUUGCUCACUCCCAACACCUCUCUGGACACAUCGCUAAGUGUCGCCAAAGACAAAACCGAGACGAUCGUAGCAACAGAGCUAACUUCUAGAUUUAGCUUUUAAUAUAAAACAGUGGAACCACUAAGGUCAAACACAUUCAUUCAUUUUCUACCGUCUAUCCUCACAAGGGUGCGGGGGUGCUGGAGCCUAUCCCAGCUGUCUUCAGGCGAGAGGCGGGGUACACCCUGGACUGGUCGCCAGCCAAUCACAGGACACAUAUAGACAAACAACCAGGUCAAACACAAUCCGUUCCUUUCAUUUUCUUGCGGGAAAGCUGGAGCCUAUCUCAGCUGACUUUGGGUGUCCAGUCAGCCAGACAACCAUUCUCACUUGUAUUUACACCCACAUAGUCAGUGAGCAGGAAUCGAUCCUAAACAGACAGGCUGCACGAAAGUCAGCCAUGAGGUGCGGACGCCAAAUCCAUUCUGGGAUAUCUGAUUUAUUAGACUUUAGAAACAUUUUUCCCAUCGGAAACUUGGAUUAUAGUCACACAAACAUGGAUAUUUGAAAAAUGCGUAUUUGUCUCUGCACUUUGACUUUUUUUGUUCACAUGCAAACAUAGGGGUGUUAUCCUUAAAAACAGAUCUUCUGGUAAACUCUGUCCAGGAUGACAUUUUUUUUUAAACUCCAGUUUUGGUGUUUGGGCAUGCAAAACUGAUUUUAGGGAGGUUUAUUUGGGGAGGUUAUGUCCCAAGUUCCCCGCAAAUUGUGAAAAACUAAAGCCCUUUUCAAAACGAUAAACAUACUCUACUACAACACCUAAAAUAUGCCUAUGACAGUUCUUCCUACCAUUUCUCAAAAGACAACCCCUUCGGCCAUUUUAGACAAUAUUGACUGAUUUAUUCAAGACACACAGAAUAUCGUUCUAUAGCUAUAUCAACAUAGAACCAACCAAAUGAAAGAUUAGGCUCUUGUCUUUCAUCAGAAAAAAAACUUAAAUCAGCAGAACAUAGAGUCGGUAAGUUUGAGGAAGAUAUUAGCUCCUGACUAAAAAAAAGUGAGAAAGCCAGCUUCUUGUGAAAAGAGAAAUUUCAAUCAUAACUUUCAAUUAGAUGCAAUUGUGUUGCUUUUGUGGCAGCUCAAAGAAAACAACAAUACCAUCGUGGUUCUCAGAAAUGUUUUUUUGCACCCCCUCCCCCCCCCCAUUUGAAAUACUAUUGAGAAUAUCUAAUAUCUUUAUUGAACUUGAAAGUGAAACCAGCGAAAUGGAACUAAAUGGACAGUUGUGAAGCAAACAAAGAGUUUUAAGAGUCAUAUUGCAUGCUGGCUAAGAUAAAUGGGUAGAUGUUAGCUGGUCUGCACUGACAUUGACCCCCCCCGCACGCUCUCACUUUUGUUGCAUUUUCCAGGUUUCAUUUACAAGUUCAGUAUGCACAGUACAUUCAUUCGUUCAUUUUCUACCUCUUUUUCUUCACGAGGGUCACGGGGGCUGCUGGAACCUAUCCCAGCUGUCUUUGGGCGAGAGGCGGGGUACACCCUGGACUGGUCACCAGCCAAUCACAGGGCACAUAUAGACAAACAACCAUUCACACUCACAUUCAUACCUAUGGACAAUUUGGAGUGGCCAAUUAACCUAGCAUGUUUUUGGAAUGUGGGAGGAAACCGGAGUACCCGGAGAAAACCCACGCAUGCACGGGGAGAACAUGCAAACUCCACACAGAGAUGGCCGAGGGUGGAAUUGAAUGCACAGUACAUAUAAAUGAAUAAAUAUCAGUUUCUCCAGGAUUUCAAAUCAGCGGGCGUGAAUUGACUUGUGAGACCAUUCUGUUGAAUUCAUAGCUACAGCAACCUCCCACCCCUAAGUUACCACAUAAAGUGCAUAAAUUGUGCAAAAUUGAAGCAGAGAAAAAUGUGCAAAUAUGUAUUGUCUCACGAUAUUGAUGAACAAAGUCGUCAUGAUGUGCUACCAAGCUGUAGUUGCGUUUACAGGCCUCUGAUUGGCCAAAAAGUGCAAAACAGCUGGUGAAUGUCCUUUCGACUGGAUAGAGAUUUAUUUAUAACUCUACUCAUGGAUGGAGAUUUUGUGGAAAUGGCACCUAACAUUUAACAUUUUACCAUUCUUAAUUGCCAUUGAAAUAUAAAAAUAAAUUAACCGAUAUAUAUGAAAACAAAGUAAAAAAAACAAACAAACACACCCAUUGAAUGUUAAAGUGGAGAGAGGCUGAGUUGGUGUUAUGCACGGCGGUUCUAAACUGUCAUGUUAUUAUCACUUUAGUCAUAUUGUACCGAGUACCCAGGAAAUAGACACAAAAUAUCACAAACAACACAAAAAAUACAUUCUCUGCACUGAUUUUCCCCCACCAAUUCUGUUCAAUUCUGACUUGUACGCCUUGAGUACCAUUUGACUUUAUAGGUUCCACUGUAUUUUUAAAUGUUGUCAGUUCCAUGAGGUCGAAACAUUUUGUUUGUUUUUCAACACUAAUACUGAUCCUGUCUGCUAAUCUGUGCUGUACUAUUUGUAAAAUAAAUGUAAUAAAUUAUCUGACCACUA